GGGGCGCGCGUGCGCAGGCGUCGCGCGGAGGGACGAGGCAGAGCCGCGGAACCGCAGCCAGGUCAGUGCUGGUCCACGCCGCCCGCCCAGCGUCCGCCGCCGCCGCCGCCGCCGCCGCCGCCGCCGCCAUGGGAGUGCAGGUGGAGACCAUCUCCCCUGGAGACGGGCGCACCUUCCCGAAGCGCGGCCAGACCUGCGUGGUGCACUACACCGGGAUGCUUGAAGAUGGAAAGAAAUUUGAUUCCUCCCGGGACAGAAACAAGCCCUUUAAGUUUAUGCUAGGCAAGCAGGAAGUGAUCCGAGGCUGGGAAGAAGGGGUUGCCCAGAUGAGUGUCGGUCAGAGAGCCAAACUGACAAUAUCCCCAGACUACGCCUAUGGUGCCACCGGGCACCCAGGCAUCAUCCCACCAAAUGCCACCCUCGUCUUUGACGUGGAGCUUUUAAAACUGGAAUGACAGGAAUGGCCUCCUCCCUCAGCUCCCCAUUCUUGGGCUGUCCUCAUGGCUGCUUUGAUCAUUAGAAGGCAAUGGAAGGGUUUGUUCUGGGACUUCUAAGCCCAGUUCUUAAGAGGAUGGCCAGCUUCUACUUCCUCUUGGAUCACUAGUUCUUGGACCCAGCCUACACAUAGGGGCCACAUGGAAGAAAACUGAGACCCCCAGCCACAGUCCCAGUUGAGGACCCAGACAAGUGCCACACCAACUACCAGCUAGGUUGAGUGAGUCACCUGGGCUUUAUGCCUCUCCAGCAUUUUGCCACAGAUGCCCACAGGCCCAGUAACAUCACAGGAAUAGAGGAACCACCUCACUCAGCAAAGGAAAACCAAAAAAUCGUGAGAUUGAAUAAAUAGGUCUUGAAGUGGUUUAUUCAUGGCAAUGGAUGAUAACUUAAAUGAGGGCAAGGGGUGGAAGCAGAUCACCAGUGAGUUGGCUGCUGGGGUCAUUUAGGUCAGAGAUAAUAGAGGCCUUGACCUGAUUGGCAGAAGUGAGGGUACUAAGUGGUCAGAUUUGCGAUAUACUCUAUGAGGGUGUCUUUCAGGCUUGGCUGUGAGGAAAAGAGAAACAGACAAGCAGUGGUUCCUUGCCUGGCCCUCCUCACUCCAGACCACUCUGAAGAGAGAACUAUUUUAAACUUGUAGCUCGCUCUCUCCUGAUAGCUACCACCAUCUUUCACCAAUUGCUAAUACUGUUUUUUUUUUAAGAAAGAAAAGAAUUAAGAAAAUCUUUGAGUGGAAAAAACCUUCUUAAUCACAAAACAAAACAUCCAAGACAAUAAAGGAAAUUAUAAGUAGAUGUGACCACCUUUAAAAAAUGAAAUUUAAAAAUUCAUAAAAGAUAUCACGAACCAAAGGUGAGUCACAAAGGAAAGGAUAUAUUUGAAAAAUAUAACAAAUUUUAUGCCCUGAAUACAUAAACAAUUCCGAAGAAAAAGAAUUUAUAAAAGAUAAUAGGCUGCUCUAAGAAUUUUACAUUAUGUUGCUGUAUCUUGAUGUAUCACUCUUAAAUAUCCUUUCAUGUGGACUCUUAUCCACCAGCAGACUUGUGCAGGCAUCUUCUCAGUUCAUUCCCAUAGUGGUCUCACCCAGAAGCUGAGAGGAGAUGCCUCUGCUGUGGAGCUCACAGUGUUACUUCUGCCAUGUUUUAUUGGUUCAAACAAGUCAGAAGGCCAGCCUAGACUCAAGGGGAUGAAGAAAUAGAACAGCAAAGUCACACCACAAAGUGGUAUGGCUAAAGGGAGGUGUGAUCCACUGGGGACCAAUAUUGUAACAGUCUACAACAUGAUGUCUAAAAAUGUCUUUUUUCCACCCUCACAAUUGAUAGUUUGGCUGGGAAUAUUGUUCUAGAUUGGUAGUUAUUUUCCCUAAGAAUGAAGGCACUGUUGCAUUGUCUUGUAGCUUCCAGUGUUCCUGAGAAAGGUGAUGCCAUUUUGAUUUCUGUUCCUUUAUAUAUGAUUGCUUUUAUUCCUCUGAAAUCUUUCAGGCUCUUCUGCUUACCUAUGUGAUGAUGAAAUUUCAUAAUGUGGCCUUGUUUGGGUCUUCUUUUAUCCUCCUCUCCUUUAUUUCAUUUACUGGUUGUGCUGGGCAUUUGGAAAGUCAUUUUAACCUGGAAAUGUGUUCUUCACUUUGGGCAUUUUUCUUAGAUUCUUUCUUUGAUAGCCCUAUUUUCCACAAAUAUAUUUUCUCACAAAACAUAUUAGAAGAAUGGUGUUAUUUUACAUUUUUGCAAAUUUGUUUAAAGCCUAGCUUAGUAGAAGACAGAUAAAUUCUCUACUUCUAUAUUCCUUCUGUUGUAGUAUGUUAUUUUCAUUAAAGUAUAUGGAGAAAUUUUGAUUAGACACAUUUUAAAAGGAGCUUAUGUCUGAACAGAUAGUACAGAAACCACUAUAACUAGAAACAUAGCAACCAUCUAUUUAUGUUAGGACUUUGCUAAAUGGGAAAUACCAAGUCACUUUUUUUAAAAGAAUAUAUCCAACCUUGCACUGGUAGAAUACAAAACUGGUUUUGUUUCCCUGUAUAAAAACCACUUAGCAGUGACUGUAAAGGGGUUUAUAGGGGGGACCUGGUAUAUUCUUCAUGUAAGUGUAGAUUAAUGAUAACAAAAAAAAAAAAGAAAGAAAGAAAGAAAGAAAAGGGGGAUUACUCCCUGAUAGGAUAAAA